AUGUACUCUUCCCAACACUACACCUUCAUCCGCUCGACAUCAUCAGAAGCACGGCAUUCCAAGCCUCGAAGAACUGAUAGCGAUCGUUGCAACGUCCACCAUUGCAUAGCUCAACUCUACCUCCGAACGCUAGGUCCAUUGGACUCUUCACCUACUACUACAGCUAAGUCUGGUCGCAGUCGACGGAGCUCUUCUCUCACUCCUUCUCCCUCCAAGUCGAAAAUGGCACCUACUACCACCACUUGCAAUCCUCUAGUUGACGGAGGAGGAGGGGCGUUGAGUAAGUCGCCCACUUUUAGGCCAGGUGCUUGGUUUCUUCAGUCGCAAUCCGAAUCAUUCCCCGCAUUAGGCUCUACUGACGAUAGCAGCAGUUCCGCUUCCUCAUCUUGUUCUGGAAUGUCGGACCAUGUUACGUCGACUCAGUUGAGGGCGGUACUAGCAAGCUCAAUGAGCACCAUGUAUCGUUCUGAAGUGCCUCUUUAUGGCGAUCUUCUAUCGAUUAUCUCCCGCGUUAAUUCGGACGUUAUUGGUGCAAACGCGCAUGUCAUCAGCGAUGAUGAGAGUUCUAGAUUGAACGUAGAACGUCACGGAGCAAUCCGCGUCGGUAACGCCCAGGAACUUAGCCUGCUGUCCAGGAUCUUUAAGCUGUUCGGAAUGCAUGCGGUAGGCUACUACGAUCUUUGGGCUGACGCAGGAUUACCCAUCCACGCAACCGCAUUCAGACCGGUACGCAAGGAAGAGUUGCAAAAGAAUCCCUUCAGGAUCUUCUGCUCCCUACUGCGCAUCGAUCUCAUUUCUGAAACCACGACGAGACAACUGACAGAGCAACUGUUGAGUAAGCGAAAAAUCCUCAGCGAUCGAUGCAUGUCUCUCCUGCUUCAAGCAGAAUCGCAACUGCCCAUGGAUACUGACCAAGAUGAUCAGGAGAUGGGCGUCAAGGGCCUAACCCGUUCGGAAGCGCUCGAGUUUGUAGAGGAGGUGGUCAAGAUUUUCGCCUGGCACCCGAACACACCUGUUUCGAUGGAAGAGUACAGACUUCUGUCGGCAACCCACCCUCUAGUUGCGGACAUUGUAAGCUUCCGUGGACCGCACAUUAAUCAUCUUACCCCAAGGACGCUAGAUAUUGAUGCGGUGCAGAGACGCAUGAUUUUGCAGGGUAUUGAUGCCAAGGAGGUCGUCGAAGGCCCGCCGGCGAGGAGGGAGGGGAUUUAUCUGAGACAGACUAGUUUUCAUGCAUUACGUGAACGAGUGGUGUUUUUAGGCGACCGUGGGGAGGAAGAAGGGAGACAUCAGGCCAGGUUUGGUGAGAUCGAGGCAAGGGGGCAGUCGCUAACGCCCAAAGGAGCCAGGCUGUAUGACGAGUUGAUGGCGAAAGUUGCACAGGAGAAAAGAGAGAGGGAAGGGAGAGGGGAGAGGAUGGGUAAGGAGCAAUGUGCCGAGAUACUGCAGAAGGUGUUUGAGGAUGGCUUUCCCGAUGACAGGGAUAUGAUCUUGAGUGAGGGGUUGGGGUAUUUUAUGUUUAGUGUUAGGGAUGGGGGGAAGGCGAGGGAGAUGUGCGCUAGUGCAAGACUGGCAGAUAUGGUAAAAGAGGGGGCAUUGGAAGCGGAACCGAUCACGUAUGAAGACUUCCUACCAGCCUCUGCUGCAGGUAUUUUCCAGUCUAACCUACCUCGAUCCUCCUCGGCAGCGAGCAAGAGCGAGAAGCAGCAGGAGGGAGCGGUGGACGCGAAGGAAGCAAGGAAGAGAUUCGAGGCUGCGGUGGGAGGAAGGAUUUUGGAUUACUUUGAACUGUAUGCUGAACAGCAAAGGGAGAGUCUGGUUGAUGUGGCCAACGUCCUAGGGGUGGACGCUGGGAUGAUGGUGAAGAAGGUUGAUAGCGAAGAAGGUUGA